AUGAAGCCGUAUUUAAGAAGAAUCAGAAGCGUGGGUGUGGAACUUUCGAGUAGUUCAAGAAAACGAACUGGGAAGAAGAAAAAAGCAGGAUCGAUCUACCAUCGAGCGUUUCUGAAACGUAAACAAAGCACAUAUAGUUCGGACACUACAAAUACAACAACAGGAUAUAAGAAGAAUGAAUUGCAAUUUCCUGCUGAUCCGGAAUCUCUCGAGAAAAUUGAAAUUCCAAAAUUGGUUCGACGAAAGAUUCGUAGCGAGUUUGCGGAAGGAAAUCUGCUACUUUGUAAUUUUGUGGUGGUCAUAUUUGCAAUUGACUUCCUCUUAGUUUAUACAUUUUUUCUGUCAACACGCAGUGAAGGAUUUCAGGAAGUCCAGCAUGAAACAUUUUCGAUGGAAUCUUCUAGAAAAGCUGUGCAGGUGAUGUCAGAUUCUCUUGAUUGCAGUCUGCUAAUCAAAGAAGCUGCACUGGAUAAUUUCCCCGUUCAGCACCAAAUGUUAAUCGGUGUGACGUGUCUAGCUUUGGUAGUUCCGUAUACGGUUAAUCCUAGCUCCUCUCUAACAAUGCUGAUGUACUACAAACAAAACAGGGAGGGUUUGGCACGAAGCUAUCAAGACGGUGAUUUUAGAAUUACAAAAAAGUGUGAACCAAAGUCAAAGUCUGGAUGUUCCAUCAGGAAUCACCUCAAACUAAUACGAAGUUAUGUGGAAUCAGAGAAGACAUUCAAUCAUUCUUAUCUAAAUAAUGCAUGGAUGGCACCCGACAUAGAUUUGAAGAGGGUGUCAAAGUGGCUCGGUCGUCGUUAUCACGAUAAAGUGAAUCAAAAGAAUAUGAAUCGAUCCCUUCUUCUGCGGAGAUUCCAAAAACCAAAGAUGUACGAUUCGGUUAUGCAAUCUCGUCCAAACGACAAGGAGAAGAAACUGCUGUACAGUGAAACAGAACCUCAUGUAGUAUUGUCCGAACCAAGGUUGGAGUAUCUCGUCAAUAACUUUUUACGGCAGCGAAACGAUGGAACUUUUAUAAAUGGGUCCUACAACUAUUGCAAUCUAUCUUUGUUUCCUGUAACGAGACAACAACAUCUAGAGUUAUGGUUUCCCUGCGGAUCUAUUUCUUCAAUUCUAUCAGCAUGCAUCAUUCGUCUUGUAAGAGAAAUAGCAAUGACCACAAAAUUUGAUCGCGGUUACAUGGACUCUGGUUUCUACGGUUUGUUUCUGCGAUCGUCCAAAAUCGUCGAGUACAAAUACGCAGAAGCAAACAAACGCCAGGCUAAUGCAGCUGCGCUACUAAGUAAGGAAUCAUUUUCUUCCGCUGUCAGAAGCUACUUCAACAACACAGAUCGGGACCUAGAAAAUCCAGGACGGGAAAUUAACGACCGAGUGGUAUCCACAGUUAUCUGGAGAUCGAAUAUUCGUGAGACGAUUCUUAUUCUCAAUCUUGGUUUAUCUCUCGAUAGCAAGAAGCUUCGACCCAACGCGACUACCUCUGCCGCUAGUGUUGUAGUGGCUGACAAAAGCCAUAACGAUGAGCCAAUAAUUGUCGCUACUGCAUCAGGCUCGAUCCGAACAGUGGAAGCUGUGGCAUCUGUUAUUCUUCGUAUGCUUCUUUUCAACGAAGAUCCUGGAGAGGCAAUCCACAGCAAUGCAUCCUUCUAUGAUUUCCAGAAGCGAACAUUCUUUUGUGAAAAUAAAGAUUAUCAAUUUCUUAGCGAACUUGCAAGUCAUGGAAUUAAUUGUUCGACUUCAAUUCUCAGCUACUUUGAGCAACACGAUCGUAAAGCAAUGGCGGCAUCUCGACACAGAAAUGGACGUAUCCUAGCUGCUAACCCUAGGUUUCAAAAGGAACGGAAGGUUAAAAGAAAAGGUAAAAAAGGAAAUUUUGGAUGUGCUAAAAAAGCAAUAAGUUCAAGGUACGAAGAGAUCUAUUCUCGCACAAUCGCUGGACGCGUUGUGUCGGUCCGAGUGAAAGAGUUGGUAGUGUGCAAUGAUUGGGAUAAAUAUGCUAAGCAUCGUUUUGUGUGA